AUGGCUAUUGAACAGCAUGUUAACGCACAGCUACAGUCAGCAGUUGCUGCAGCUAACGACGUUGCUGAGGCUCAAGCGCGAGCUGUUGUUGGAGCUCAUACUAUACAGCAUGCACAUAAUGCUGACGUUCGAAUGACGGAGACCUUCCAGCGCCUUCAUGACCAGCUUCACGCCAGCAUGGAGCAGCGCAUCCAGGACGUUCUGAAAGCUCAUGCAGAACAAGUGAGUGUGGAAAUCCGACUCGCAAUAGCAGCACAAGGUCAAGAAAUUCUGAAAGCGGUUAAAGAGCAAAUUAAAGCUGUUAAGAAGGAUAAUACAACACAGGUGGAGCAGGCAAAGUCUACUGCGGAAAAGGAAGCCAAGUCGAUCGUUCGACGCCACUACGCACAGGAGAACGCCGCUCACGAGAUACUAGAAACGAUGUUAUUACAAACAAAGAAAGAGUUCAAGAAAACGGCUGUGGCUACGGCUCUAUUGCAUGUCGAUGAACGUCUUCGAUCUUUCCUUAUCCAGCAAAUGGCCAAGGGGAGAGACGUGAAAAGCCAAGGUGCUGGGCAGUAUGCCAUUAAAGAGGAUCAUGAGCAGCGAUCGUGUGGUGAAGCCAACACAAUGGACCUCAACACGUCCUCGAUGGCUACCUCAACUAAUGCAUCUUCGGUGUAA